CAGUGCACGAGCCGAAGCCAGCAAAAACUCAAUCCUAACCAAGCAAGAGCGCACACCAUGGCAGCCAGGCUCCUCUUCUCCUCCCUCCUCAUCCUUCUCGUUGGCUCCCACGGGGCGUUUGCCUCCGUGGAGGAGACGUGCGCGAAGGCGAUGAAGGGAUCGGAGCACAAGAACCUUGAGUCCUUCUGCGUGACGACGCUCCAGGCGGCGCCGGGGAGCGCCUCCGCGGACGCGAAAGGGCUGACCGUGAUCGCCACGAACCUGACGCUGGCCAACUACACGGCGGCGGUGGCCACAAUCAAAGAUCUGCAACGGCGCGGGGGCUGGUCGGACAAGCAGCAGGCCGCGCUGGCCACGUGCCGCCGGCGGUACAUCGAGGCGCUGAACGUGGUGCACAGCGCCGUCCACGCGCUGGCCACCGGGCGGAAGCAGGCGUACGUGGCCGAGAUGGGCGCCGUCAGGAGGUCCGCCACCGACUGCGACGACGCGUUCGGCGGACGCGGUGGCGACGCCGCGGCGAAGCGGGAGGAGGCGCCUCUGCGCAAGGUGAACGACGACGCGGAAAACCUGACCACCAUGGCCAUGCUGAUCGUGAUCACGCUGUAGCGGGCACAUGAUACAUACUAGUAGAUCUUUGCCGUGAUCAGCGUCAGGCAGACCGGUCGAUGGAGAAUAAAAUAACUGAAUGUGUGAUUUGACUUGUUUGUGCCGUUAAAUUCAUGUUGGCUUGCUAUAUGAUGCUAUCUUAGGAUUUGCUUAGCCCAUAGUACUUCCUCCAUAGAGAUAAAAAUAGAGUUUAUCUAUUUUAAUGACAAAUAUUUUCGGACGGAGGGAA